UCAAUUUAGUCAAUUUACCGUUACCGUUACAGUUGCACUCGAUGAGCGCCGCCGAACGAACAGCUGAAGGGGAUCGCGACUACGAUCGGUGUCGGGAGCCAUGGAGCAGCCGAAGCGGGAGCCGCAGCCGAGCGACCUCCAUUGGAUCAUCCUGGCUGCACGACGAGCUUCAGCCGGGAGAGCAUGAGCCCACUUCCGCUCUGCUGGACUACUGCAAACGGAAGUUCCUCCGUCCAUACGUGGCCAUCCUGACCCUGGUGGGCCUCAAUCCCAUCUCCACGGACAUGACCAGCAUCCGUGCCUGCUGCAGCUAUGUCCAGGCGCUUAUGGUGCUCUUCGUCCUGCUUGUAGGAUACCUCUUGCGGUAUAUUUGCGGGUACAGGGGCGAUCGAGGCUUCACCAGCUACCGGGAUAUUCGACCCAUAACCAAUGGGACAGAUGGCGGAGCUACCACCCCGAACACCAUAGGAGAACUUCUGUUUGGGUUCAUAGUGCCCAGUGGCUUUAACCUCUUGGCCUUCGUGUCGGCAGUGUUGGUAUGCAAGGUGAUCGACCACGAGCAGCUGCAGAACCUCAUCGAGAGGGUUUUCCUGAUGUCCGCCAAGCCGAAGAGGCUCUGCCGCAUGCUGUGGCUUUUUCUGGCCAUUGCACUGGCCCUGUUGAUUUCGCUAUUCGGCUACGCCUGCUGUGUGGUGAUGAUGCAGCCCAGCCAGAUCGUCAAGGUGUCUUGGCUAGCGGAAAUCCUAAGCGACUGGGAGAUGUGGUUGCGAGUGGGUCUCUUGUUCACCAUACUGCUGCAGGAUUUGGUGGAGAUUAUCAUACUGAGCAACUACUACAUCGAGUGUUAUUUGCUAAGGAUGCAUCUGGAAACGCUGUCGCACAAGCUGCUUAUGCACUCCAUCGACUCGCUGGAUUGGAUGAGGGAAGUCCUCGAAUUCCGCAAGCUGCUGGAGCGCUUAAAUCAGCACGUGUCUAUUCCAGUGUGCUUCCUGAUUGUAAUGAAUCUGGCGUACGCAUUCGCGGGAUUGGUGUACCUAUUUAAGGACUUUGAUUUCCAUUACUGCGCCCUGAAGCUCGUCCUGCUAAACAUUGCCAACGUGAUGCUGUGGCUGUUUCUGGGAUUGCUGCCCUUUUUCGUGGCAUCAUCAGUGACUCGAGUGUGCCAGAAUGCUCAAGCUAAUGGACACCAGAUACGGGUUCGUCCAUUUGUUUACCACAAUACCUCAGCGGAAGAUCUCAACUCGACGCUGCUGUUCGCCGCAUCGCUGGACAUGUCCGCCAAACUCUUUCGAAUGCCCAUCCAGCCAAACUACUUGUGCUUCGCCAUCCUUGUGGUGGUCAUUGUGAUUCUCACGCUGGGCAUGUGCCUGAAUCUCACAGCACUGGGAAAAAUAUAAUAUAACUCGUUGUCAUUUGUCUAUAAUAAUUAAGAAUUAUAGUAUUGUCUAGAUUACAACUUGGCGACCUGA